GUCUAACGAUUCCACACCGCUCCUUGAUCCGGAACCACCAUCAGACACAAUUUUCCCACGGGCAAAUUUGAGACGAUGGAUGGUGAAGAAGACAGCGCAGGCGGUAAUACACACAACGUUUCACCAACUACACCCACAAAAACCAAAAAUCAAGUCUAUGCACACUUGAACGAAACACCGAGAGCAAAUCGAGGACACAUGAGCAAGAAAUUCGCUGCACCAGAUAAUGAAGACCGACCGAGAGCAGUACCAUCUCGAGACGCAUCCCCGACGCCAUCGAAUACCUCCACGGGAUCCAAGAGGGGCCGACAGGAUGAUGAAGAUGUCUUCUACAGGGACACAAAUCACUGGUCGAACGAGAUGGAGAAAGAUGAUGGGGAGAGAGAUGUCGCGUUACUACGGGAACAGCUGGAGAUCACGAUCGAAGCGGCGAGACGCUAUGCAAGCAACAGAGCGAGGGCAAGCGAAGGGGAUCUGGCAGAACUAGCCCAGACCCUCAUAUCUGAACUAACAAUGUUUGUUUCGCCAGAGAAGACGCUCAGCACUGAAGUAAUGAUUCGGCGGGUCUACAGCAAGCAAGAGAUGAUGGAAAAGAAGAUGGAGCAGUUUGAAUGCAUGCAAAUAGAGUUGGAGAGAAGAGAGAGGAAGAGCAGCGAAGAAAUGGACGAAGAAGUGCGUACCUCGUUGCCCAUACAAGAUUACGCUGCGGUCACAGCCAACACACCUAGGGGUGGAAAUACCAUGAAAGCGCCAACACCACAGUAUACUGCGAAGACGGUGAGACCGACAAAACCAACCACACAGAGCACCACGACUCCAACCAAGCCGAUGAAUCCAAACAAGGCGUACAACCCAUGCCGCAUGGUGGUACGGGCCCCCGAGCUGCCGAUAGACUAUGAGAGGCCACGACCCGAGUCAGUCGCCAUCAGGGUGAAUGAAGAGCUAGCCAAGCAUGACGAGACGAAGGCGUUUGUAAUCGUUCAUGUACGAUUCAACGCAAACAACAGCUGUAUACUAAACCUACGAAGCGACCAGCGAGCGACAGACCUAGAACCACACGCCAACAUAUUCAAGCAUGUUGUGUUCCCAGGACGCGAGACAGUCGAAGCGUACCCAGAUGAGAAAUGGUUCUCAGUGCACAUCUGCGGUGUCAGGACUGGAAUAAUCGACGGGCCAGAUGGCGACGGAAUACAAUCAGCUGAAGAAGUCAGGCGAGAGCUCAUGGCAAAGAACCCUGACCUUCGUGGAAGGACUAUCAGAGCGUUCCGCUGGGUAAGACCCGAGGGGAAACUGCUGGAGGAAGGGAAGUACGCAUCGUCGGUGGUGGUAUCUUUCGAGAAAGAAGAGGAUGCAAGGCAAGAGCAGAGGCAGCAGAAAAAGGAGAGAGAGCACCAACAUGCAUGCAUAGGAGAUGCGCGAACUGCAAAGACGGCGAACAUGCAAACCAUGCAGCAAAUGACCGCACAUGCCCAAUACGGAUUCGUCGACUGGGGGACCAUAGAGACCCUAGGCCGUCACGUCCAGUAGGGAACAUUGGGAAUGCAAACGGGGGCUGGCAGAAAGUUACCCGCAAGCGAAAAGGAAAAAAGCAGAUGAACCCUGCUACAGAGGCUGGGACCGAGUCAGAAGCUGACCCACCCACCUCUGGCAGAAGGUAUGCAGGC